AUGGAUUUUGGGAGAUUCAGAGGCGGAGCCAUUCGGCCCGAAAAUAAUAAUAAUAAAUAUUUCUUUCUCACCCAACACGUGUUGGCUCGUUACAACACUCCCAUCCCUGUCCUCGAAACCGCUUGCACAAGCGGCCGAAAUCUUCAUCCUGAGGGUGUUAUGUGUUCGAACUUUGGCCACUCAAGAUCGUGGAUCCAACUUGUUCGUUCAUUUCCCCUGACCCCGUACGGGGAACUCGCUGUAUCUUCGGAAUACACAUCAUAUACGGACGAUAGACGCAAGAUCAACACUACUCCUCCCCAAAACGACUGGACGGACGACCGCGUAGUACGGCAACGCAUAGACUCAUCUUGGAUUCAUCAUUCCUCGCCAUUGGCAUCUAUCUACGAUUUGCGGACUCGUGUCCAACAGAAUUUGACUUUGCAUGCAACACUGGCUACAUUUCAGGAUGGUGACGACGGUUUAGCGAGGGAUGGCGAUCAACUUGACGUCAGAGGAUGGCGAUUGACUGGUGAAGGACGGACGAUACGUCGCAAGAGCUGUUUGGACAUCGGUCAGGAAGACCCCCUAGAGUGCAAAAAUCGAUUUUUACGUCCACGAAAUAACGUAGAGAAACCGCUUACGUUCGUCUGGAACGACACUAAGGUUUGGACAGCAAGCACCCCUAGUGCAAGACGGCGAGGGAGCUCAUCGACUCCAUCAUCAUCCCCACCAUCAACGUCCCCCUCGACUUUCCCGCCCUCACGUCCACAUUCCCAGGAAGCCUUCUCGAGGGACUGGGGCCAUCGCGAGCUCUUCUUCCCGGCGUGCAUGCGCACCUUCCGUCUCAGCUUCAUCGCCCCCGACCCAUCCUCAUUCUCCCCAACACAACCAGGACAAGAUACCUAUGUCAAAGCGUCAGCCUCCGCGCGGGACCUUCGUCUCGGCUUGACGAUGACACCUACACCACUAGUAACACCCACAACGCGGCCGGCUACGCGAUCUUGGGCACAAAAUAUAUCGCCUGAGCACGAAAUUUCGCAUCACCACGGUGUUCGGAGUGUCGUGAGGUUGUUAAGAGUCCUCGUUCUUCGCCAAACGAACCUUUCUCCCCCCGACUCCUCCACCUCCCUUGCGCAUCCUGCAACACAAAACACUGCAGGGGCUGCUUCAAACCCACACGGUGUCCACCCACCUGCUCUGGUGGCCAGUCAUGCCCAAUCCGGACCUGCUGCUCUGCCAUCUGCGCCAUUGCCUUACUUGAAUUGGCUUGUUCAAGUCGCUUCCCUCUCUGCGUCUGAAUCCGAGUCGUCGUCGGGAUCCGCGAUACAUCCCUCCAUCCCACGACUAUUCACGGUCUCUUACCUCCCGUCGGUGAUGUACGCUUUCCUAUCUCAUACACUUGGCGCAGAGCGCGAUUGGGUGGUCCACAGCGAGAUAUACGUCGCCUUGAUGGACGUCAUCAAGCACCUCGCAUCCAGUUCGAAUGGUGGGGUUUCUGGCGUGGUGAAGGAGCCUGUGAGGAGGGUUGAGGAGAGCUGUGGUGUGCAGGCUUGGAUGUGGGAUUGGGGGGAGGUUGUUUGGGUUCAGCCAGCGUAUUUUGAAGUUUGGCGCGUUGUUUGCACGUUGUCUCGAUCGCAACUCGAUCGUUCAAACGUUCAACGUUGGUUCAACGUUCAACCUUCCACGUUCCACCUAGGCUCGCAACCAGCCGCUUCUUUCAAGCUCCGCUUCGCUUCGUCAGAAGCGGCUGGGAGCAACGAACACAUUUUAGCAGAGAGACCCCGUGGGAAGUCUGACUUAGCUAGAAUUUCAUCGAGUUCGUCAUUCGUCCUCGUCUUUGCUAUCGCUGUCCACGGUCUCAUCGACAUCCUCGACUUCAAGUUCAUCUAUGUCACGAUCGACGUCCGCUAUUGUUGGCACCAUGGCCAUGCUGGCAACUGCGACAUCGUCGUCAACAGCUUCAGUGGGAGGAGGAAACUUUUGGACUGGAGCUCUUGGAUCUUGGGUCAUGAGUCUGAGGCUGCCUGUGUUGGACUGACAUUUGGGGCUGUGUACACUUGCGCAAACGGUAACGUGCUCCUUGUGGCAAUCUACGGAAACCGCAAACCCCACUCGACCACCCCGCCACCCUCAAUCAAGAAGGCCACGUUGCUCAAGCUCGGGCUGCCAAAUGAGAGCGUCCUGGAAGACUGA